AUGAGAUUCUUGGGGACGCCUAUGCAUCACUGUGCAGUGUUUCUGUCUGUUGUUCGUAUUUCUCCGUAUCCUUUUCUGGUGUACGGCAACGCGGGCGCCUCCUCGGGCCUGGUGGGCUGCGUGCGCGCGCUGCGCGUGGGCGGGCUGCGGGUGGCGCUGUCUGGCGCGGCGGCGCGCAGGGCCGCCGUGGCGGUGCGCCGCUGCCCGCCCUGCCCCGCGGGGGACCCGCGCUGCCUGCGGCCGCCCGGCUGCCUCCGCAACCUCACCACAGGUGGUUCCUGCUCGUCCAGCCGGUUCGACCCGUGCGCCUCUAGCCCCUGCGUGGGCGGCUCGACUUGUGAGCCGCUGGGUGGGGGUGGCUUCUUCUGCAACUGCAGCCGCGGAGCCGCCUGCGACACGGAGGGCAGCACGUUCGUGGCAGCGCUCGACGGCAGUUCUUCGCUGGAGCUGGCGUGGCCCGAGGGCGCUGGAGCGGCGCUGUCGCUGGAUCUGUGGUUCCUGGCAGAGCAGCCGGACGGCGUGCUUCUGUCUGCUGGAGGGGGAGGACGAGCUGGAGGCGGAGACUUCCUGUGGUUGGCGCUGGUCGGCGGCCGCCUUCAGCUGCGCUUCAACCUGGGCAGCGGCGCCGCCACUGUCACGUCCCCGCAGAGGGCAGAGCUCGGCCGCUGGCAGCGCGCUCUGGUGAGCCGCGCAGGGCGCAAGGCGUGGCUGAGGAUUGGCGAGGAGGAGGGGCUGCUGGCCGCGGGGGAGGCUCCGCCCCCACUCGCCAGGCUCGACCUGCGCAGCCCGCUGCUGCUGGGAGCCCCCCGCGGCGAGGGCGUCCCGGCGGCGGCGGGCCUGCGCGGCGCCGUGCAGCGGCUGUCCGUCAACGGCCGCCUGCUGGAGCUGGGGACGGCCGCGGCGCAGGCGUCGCCCUCCGUGCCGCCAUGGCGAGGGCCGCUCUGCGCGCACCCACACUGCCUGCCGCGCUGUCAGCUCGGCGGCCGCUGCAGCCAAGGUGAUCGUAACGACUCAAUCAGUGAAAGACCAGUCAAAUUUACGGGAUCUUCAUUUUUCCGCCUUCCAAAUAAAGUAAUAAAAAGGAAGAAGACGGAGCAAGCCAACCGGUACGAGAUCGUAUUCAGGACGAUGGAGUUAAACGGGCUGUUGCUGUGGCUGAGUAAAGGCAGAACGGCUACGAACCACUUCUCUCUGGCGGUCGUCAAUGGACAAGUGGAGAUGAGCUUCGGCCUGGGACGGAGGCACAAGCCGCUCCUCAUCAGGUCGCAGGUGUGGGUGAGCGACGGCGCGUGGCACCGCGUGGUGGCGCUGCGGCACCGCUGGAGGGCGGCGCUCAGGGUCGACACCGGGGCUCCGGGGCGAGGGGCGGCGGCCGGCGGCGCCGCGGCCACGCUGCGCUCCAACGGCUGGCUCUGCAUAGGCGGGUCCCGCUCCUUGCCGCCUGGUUUGCCAAUGUCCUACUACGUCGGGUUCAAAGGCUGCAUCAAGGAACUUCUGGUGUCCAGAAAACAACUCAGCGUCCUGGAGAGAGUUGAUGAACACAAAAACUUCAUUGAAUACUGCCACGAAAACGAAGUGUGA